AUGCUAACACAAUAUCAACAAGAAAAACCUGGAAAAGACCAAAAAGAUUCGCAACAACCACAACAUGAACCUCCAACACUUCGUCUUUUGUGCAGCAUAACUGGAGGUGUAAUGCCUGCUCAAUGGGAGGAUAUUACUGGAACGACGCAAUUAACAUUUUCUGGGGAUGAGAUAUCAUUCACAACAACAGUUUCUGCACGUUUCUGGUUAAUGGAUUGUCAGACCCCAAGAGAUGCUGCAAAAAUGGCCCAAGAAAUUUACAACGAAGCAAUAGCAAUUCCAUUUAUGGCACGUUUUGCUGUAUUUGGCCGUCGCUCAUUCCCAACAGAAGGCCAGCUUAGAAUGUUUUGUAUGACAGAUGAUAAAGAAGAAAAAACAUUAGAAAAACAGGAAGGAUUUCAAAGAAUUGCUGUUUCGAGAGAUGUUGAAGUUUUGGAAGGAAAACAUCAGUGGCUAGAAUUUGCUGGAAAUUUAGUUCCAGUUACUAAAAGAGGAGAUCAAUUGUCUAUUUUCUUUCAACCUUUUCAAGAGAAUAGAUUGGCUUUUAAUAUUAAGGUUAGACAACAAGACGACCAAGAGGCUGCUUCUUCCGGCAAAGUUGCAAUAAUGAAAGAACCACUUAAUAGAGCAGAUAUUUUACCUCCUCAACAUCCAAUUUGCAUGCUAUCAAUUACUUUGCCAGACUAUACAGGCCCAUUACCUUCAUUAGUUUUGUCUGAACAAAAAGGAGGAGGGGGAGGAGGUGAAGAUGACCAAUUCAAAAAACAGGCGCCUCUUACCCAACGUUAUUCUGAUGCUUUAUCUACAAAUGUAGCAGAGACUUAUCCAAACAUUCCAAUCGAAUUUGUUUCAAAAACUAUUGGGGCAGAUUGGGCAAGAUUGGGGAGAGUUCUUGGAAUUCAUCCAGAUGAUAUUAGACAAAUUCGUAGAGAAGUCCCUUCUGGAGGAGGGCAAGAAGCUCUUCACAUGUUGAAAAUUUGGGUGUUUUUGAAAGGAACUUCUGCUAAUGAAUCAGAUCUCCGCCAAGCACUCCGUCAAAUCGGUCGGGAUGAUAUUUGUGUUAGAAUGACAGAUUCAGACAACCAUUUAAUGGGAGCAGCUGAUUCAGACAUUAAUUUAUCUUCUGCUGCAAUUGGAACGCCUGUAAAUUUAAGACAAGAAUUUUCAAGCAAAGGAAGUCUAGUAACCCCUAUACAACAGGCUAAUAAUAUAAUAGUUCCACAACAAUCAGCACCAAUUGAAGUAUCGGCUAUAGCAGCAGCAAUUACUCCAACUGCUGAAGUUGCAGCAGCACCUUUGUUUGCUGCCCAACCAGUUACUUUAACUGCUCCAGAACAACAAAUUGACGUUGAAACAGUGGUUACUCGAACUGAACGUCAUGUACAUCAUUCUGAGGACAUUAAUGAGCCUGUAGUUGAUGAACAUGUUACCACUCAAAUUUUCCGAGACGGCCAACAGAUGGAACAACUCGAAGAGCGAAAACUUGGCCAGCCAUUAAAUGAACAAGAACAGGCUCAAUGGGAAGAAAUGACUGGGGCGCAAGUUGAAGGAGAGCCAGAAAAUAACGAAGCAAUGGAUUAUCUUCAAAGAAGUCGAAAGGCAAUGGUUGUCGAUGGAGAUGAACAACAUUUAAUGGAAUAUGAUGAGGAAGGUCAUCCAGUUGGACAAACUACUGUUAAAACAACAACUUUAAUUACUACAGAACAUUUAAGAGAACCACCGCCAAUUAAUAUUGAAGAGGUUGAAGAAGAACCUCAGAAAGAAAUUGAAUCUUCUCCAAUAGAAGAAGAAUCUCCUUCCCCAAUAAUAGUGGAGGAAGAGGAUGAAAAUAAACAUUCUACGGGAAUUCAGUCUCAGCAUAGUAGUGAAGGUUCUUCUGUUAUUAUACACGAUGAUAAGCCACAAGAAGCAGAUGAUCCCUUCAAAAUUUAUGAAGAAGAAAUACAUUUUCAAGAAGAUAAUGAACCUCUUACUGAAGUAGAGAAAAGUUCAACAUUUGAAGAAAAAGAUGAAGAAAAAGAAGGAGGAGGAGGAGGAACAGAUUUAGGCAUAAGUACCUACGACAAUGUUCAUCGUGAAACAAGUAAUGGAUUUAAUGAGGAAGAUAUUCAAGAAGAAGAAGAACAACAAAAAAGAGGUGCAAAUAAAAUUGAGCCAGCAAAAGAUGCUAGUGCCAAUCUUGAAGACGAGAAAAAAGAAAAAGAGGAAGAAUGGGCAAGAAGAGAACAUCCUGAAAUUCAACAAUUUGAACAAAUACAAGAAAGUUUCCCAAUUGAUGACACAACAAUGAUUACUAAAAAACGGACACAUAUAAUCUCUACAAGUCAAUCUCGUGUUAAAGGACUUGAUGAGUUUGCAUCUGCCGCUCCUUCAGCCGGCGCUGCAGGUUAUUCACCACAAGCAUCACCUGCAGAACAACAAUAUCCAAUUAGAGAUGAAGAAUCCCCACUACCACCAGAAUCCCUUUCAAUUUCAAUAACUUCACAACCAGAUUCUUUAAUGACAACAAGUUCAAUUAGUGUAAAAGAUAAAAUAGCUCAAUUUGAAUUGCUUAAAAAAGUUGAGGAAAGUGAAGAUUCUGUUGAUGGGGCUAAAAGAAGAUUUGGGUGGCAUCCACAACCGAAAAAAACUCCAGAUAAGGAAAAAUCGGAAGAAAGAAAAAGUCCUCGAGACGAACAAAGACAACCAUCCCCAGUUGGCAGCGAUGUCCCCGGUGCAAAUAAAUCAAAAAUUCCUCGAAUAACUUCCCCAACUCGAUUAACACCUUCACCUACAGUUUCCCCUCGAAAACACGAAGAAAAAUUUCAAGAAAUUGAAAAUAAUUUUUUAUUAGAAAAAUUUGAAGAAAAAGGAGAAGCUAAUUGUUUAAGAAAAGAAUAUACAAAAAUUGAAGAAUAUUUAUUUUAUGAAAUUAAUGAACCUUUAAUUGAAGAAGAACAACAUUUUAUACAGAAACCACAAGUUUUUCAUUCAAUUGUUACUGAUGAACCAUCACAUGUGGAAGCUUUUGGAGAAAUUGAAAGGAGAAAAAGAGAUGUUGAAAAAACUGAUUUAGAUUUAACUCACACCUCAAAAGACGAUGGAGACGAUCACUUUGAAGAUCAAACAGAAAAAGGAGAAUCGUAUAAAAAUGAAAUAUAUGGAAAAGAAAUCCCUGAAGAAACAGAAAAGUUAGUUAAGGAUGAAGAAAUUAUAGAAGAGAAGGAUAGAAAAGAAGAAUAUUUAAUUGAAAAUGAAGAAAAUGAGGAAGAGAGAAAAUUGGAAGAAUUGAAACAAGAAAAAGUUGAAGAAGAAGAAAAUUUUGAAUUUGUUCAAAUGCCGAAGGAAGAUGAAUUUGUAAAAAUGAAAAGUGAAAAAGAAGAAGAAAUUGAGGAAAAGAAGGAGGAAAAUAAAGAAAUAAUUGUAAUGAGCGAACCUCUACAAAAAUCUGAGCAAAUUCAAUCAUCAGUGUGGCUUGACAAAGUGCCUGUUGAAAGUUUUAUUAAUGAAAAAGAGGUUUUAGAAGAAAGAAAGGCUAUUUUAUGGCCAGAAGAAGAACAGGAAAAAUUAAAAGAAACAGAAACCUUAAUUGAAGAAAAAGCUUGGUGGAAACCAACAAAAACAGAAAAGGAAAUUUUAAUUUCUGAAGAAGAAAAAUUAAAUGAAGAAAAUAAACCAGAACUGUUAGAAAAUCAACAAAAAAUAUUUGUUGAGGAAAAAGAGAAAUUAAUUGAAGAUGAAAAGGAUGAAGAAGAAACAGAUGAACAAUCCAGCACUCACACAGUUAUACAUAGACCAGAAGUGCUUAUAGAAGAAGCUGUGGAUAUUACACCUUUAAUGGAUCGAGCAUUUUCACUACAAGGGGAAGAGGGUUGUCAAACACCCACAAUGAGUGCAGCUCGAUGGAAAAGUUUGGACGAACGUCAUUCCCCUUCUUCACUUAGUUCACCAGUCCAUUCUUAUCCUUCACCUUCGCCUAUAAUUGAAAUUACCCCUCCACCAAUUGAAGAUGAGGAAGAAUGGGAAAGGCGACAAAUGAGGGAUAAUGAAGAAGAAAGAAAUAUAAUGAUAAAAGAGGAGGAAGAGGAGAAUGAGUUUAAUGAAAAUAAUCGGAAUAAAGAAGAAAAUGAGCAGAAAAAAUUUAUGGAAGAAGAGUAUGAGAAAAAAGUAGUGGAAGAAGAGUAUGAACAGAAAAGAUUAAUGAAGGAACAAGAGAAAGAAUUGCAGAGAUUAGUAGAGGAUGAUUAUGAGCGUGAUAAAUUUAAGGAGGAAGGAGAUGAGAAAGAUCAAUUAAUUGAGGAAGAACAAGAAGAUACGAAUAAGAAAUUUGUAGAAAAAGAAAAGGUUGAAGAUGAACAGAAAUUAAUAAAAGAAGAGAAGUUUAUAGAAGAGAAAGGGGAUGUGCGGAAGGAGUCUAUAGAAGAAAAUGAUAAACAUGAAAAUUUUAAUGAAGAAGAUGAUGAGAAGAAAGAAUAUGGGGAAGAUGAGGAUUUCGGGAAUGAGGAAUUAAUGACAGAAGAGUAUGAGAAGAAACCGCUGACAGAUGAAAAUGAGGAUAGUCGACUGAAGACUUUUAUUGAAAAAGAUGACGUAAAUGAGGAAUAUAUAGAAGAGGAAGAGCAGAAAAUAUUUAUUGAAGAAGAGGAUAGGAAGGAAGUAGCUGAUGAAGAGGUGGAGGAUGAGAAGAUGAGAUUAGUAGAGGAAGAGAGGAAAGAAUUAUCAGAAGAGAAACAAGAGCAUAUGAAAAAUGAAUCUAUCCAUGAAGAGGAAGAGAAGAAUAAAUUUAUCGAAGAGAAGGAUAAGGAAAAAUUUACCGAUGAAAAGGAAAAGAAGGAAUAUACCACAGAAGAAGAUGUGGAGGAGAGAUACACAGAAGAACAAAAAGAAGAUAGGAAGAUAUUUUUGGAAGAAGAAAAGAAAUAUAUAGAAGAGAAGGAUAAUGAGAAAAAAUUGGUAGAAGAAAAGGAAGUGGAGAAAGAAUAUAUACAAGAACAAGAGGAUAAGACGUUAAUGGAAAUAAAAAAAGAGUAUAUUGAAGAAGAGCAUGCUGGAAGAAAACUUAAUGAGGAAGAGGAGGAAAGGAAAGAGCAUAUAGAAAAGCAAGAUGAAAGGAAUAUAUUAUUGGAAGAAGAGAAUGAAUAUGUAAUAGAUUUGGCUGAAGAAAAGAAAUUUACGGAAGAAGUGGAAAAGAUAAGAGAUUUUACUGAAGAAGAGGAUGAGAAGAAAUUACUCGAAGAAGAGAAGAAGGAUCUUAGUGAAGAAAGGUAUGAAAAGGAUGUAAUAGAAAAAGAAUUAGAGGACGACCUGAAAGAAUAUUUGAAGGAGGAGAUAAAGAUACAAGAAGAUGAGCGGAUUAAAUUUAUGCAAGAAGAGCAAGAAAAGAAUGAAUUUAUGAAGGAAAGGGAUGAAGAGAGAAUAUCUUUAGAAAAGGAGAAAGAGUAUAUUGAGGAAAAUAAUGAUGAUAUAAAAUUUAAAGAACAAGAGGAGGAGAUGAAAGAUUAUACAGAAAAACAUAAAGAAAAGGAGGAAACAUUUUUGGAUGAAGAAAAGGAAUAUAUAGAAGAAGAGGAUGAAGGAAGGAAAUUGAUGAAGAAAGACGCUGAAAAGGAUCAACAUAUACUAGAAGAAUAUGAAGACGAAAGGAAGGCAUCUUUGGGUGAAGAGAAAGAAUAUUUAAAAAUGGAUGAGGAGGAGAAAGUGAUGGAGGGAGAGCCUGGGAAGAAUGAAGAUAUAGUAGAACAAGAGGAUAGAAGGCAGACAUCUUUGGAUGAAGAAAAAGAAUAUUUAAAAAAAGAGGAGGAGAAAUUUACGGAGGGAGAGCUCGAGAAUAUUGAACAUAUAGAAGAACAAAAGGAAGAUCAGAAGAUAUUUUUAGAAGAUGAAAAGGAAUAUAUAGAAGAUGUUGAGAGAAAGAAAUUACCGGAGGAAGAGGAAGAAAAGAAAGAAUAUAUAGAAACCCAAAAGGAAGAAGAUUUAACGGAUGAAGAUAGGAAGGAAUAUAUUAGGGUAGAAGAGGAUGAGAAGAAGGAACCAACAGGCGAAAAAGUAGAUGAUGAUCAAAAGAGCUAUAUUGAAGAAGGUAAUGCUGGAAGGAUGCCCACGGAAAAAGAGGAGGAAAGGAAAGAGUAUAUGGAAAAACAAGAGGAAGAAAUAAAGAAAUUUUCGGAUGAAGGAGAGAAGGAAUAUAUUGAAGAAAGGGAAGAAUUAACAGACGAAAAAAUAGAUGAUGAUCAGAAGAAGUAUAUUGGAGAAGAGGAUACUGGAAGGAAAUUCAUGGAAGAGGAGGAAGAAAGGAAAGAAUAUAUAGAAAAAGAGGAGGAGAAGAAUUUUUUGGGUGAAGGCAGGAAGGAAUAUAUUAAAGAAAGGGAAGAAUUAAUAGACGAAAAAGUAGAUGUUCAGAAAGAAUAUAAUGAGGAAGAGGGAGAAAAAGAAUGUGUUGAAGAAGAAGGUCCUCAAAAGAAACUUACGGAUAACGUGGAUGAGAAGAGGGAAUUUAUAGUAGAAGAACAUGAGAAUGAAAGUAGAAAAUUUGUUGAAGAAGAAAAAUUAGAUGAUGAGUAUAAGAAAUACAUGAGUGAAAAGCAUGAUAUGAGUAAUUUGACAGAAGAAAAGGUAGAUGAUGGUAGGGAAAAAUUUAUAGAAGUGGAUGAACAAAGCAAAUUACUGGAAGAAAAAGAGGAUGAGGUACAGAGAUCUAUGGGAGAAGAGGAUGAUCAUAGGAGAUUUAUGAAAGUACAUGAAGAGAAGAAAGAAUAUAUAGGAGAGGAUGAGGAAAGGCAAUUAAUGGAUGAGGAGCGAGAUCAAGAGGAGAGACAUCAAGAGGAGAGAGGUCUUAAGGAAUUUGUUGAUGAGGAAAAAAGAGAGGAAGAAAGGAAGGAAUUUACAGAAAAGGGGGAAGAGAUGACAAAAUUAACUGAAGAAUUUGAUGAACAGAAGAAAUUUCCUCAAGAUGUUGCUGAACAGAUGAACUUUACAGACAAAAGGAAUGAGGAGUUAAUGAAAGAAAAAGAGGAAGAGUUUCAUGGAUUAGAAGAUGAUACGCAGAAGAAUCUUAACGAGGAAGGGGGUGAAUCGAAAGUAUUUAUUGAAGAAGGAAUUGAUGAAAAGAAAGUUGAUAAAUUCAUCAAAGGGGAUGAUAGGAAAUUAAUAACAGAAGAACAAGAGGAUGAAAAGAAAUUUAUGGAAGAAAAGGAUACGAAGGAGGAAUUAAUAUUAGUAAAGGAUGAGCCGAAGGAAUUUGUAGAUGAGGAUGAGAAGGAUAAAUUUAUGGACGAAGAUGAACAGAACAAAUUUAUCAAAGAAGAUUACGCUCAAAAUAAAUUAAUUAAAGAACAAGAAGAUGAACCGAAGAGGUUAUCGGUAGAUAAAGAAGAGAAAAAUGAAUUUAUGGAGGAAGAUGAACGAAAGGAAAUUAUGAAAACUGAUGAGUUAGAAAAAGAACAUUUAUUUGAAAAAGAGGUUGCUAAACAAGCUGGGGAACUUGUUGAUAAUGCUAUUAAACGAGCACUUGAGGACAGUAUGAUACUUCAACGUGAUACAUAUCUUGAGGAGGCUAAAAAGGUUCCUGGCCAUAGAGAAGAGGAGGAGAUGAAGAAAUUUACUGAAGAAGUUGAUGAACAGAUCAAAUUUACAGACGAAAGAAAUGAGGAGUUAGUGAAAGAACAAGAUGAGCUGCAGAGGUUGGAAGAAGAGGAUAAACAGAAAAAUUUUAUCGAGGAAGGAACAAAGUUGGCAGAUAAAAAAUUAGAAGACGAAGACAUCAAAGACGAACAAAUUCUUGUAAAUAUUUCCGAAUCUAGAAAAUCCUCUGAAUCAGAAGAGGAGGACGAAGAAAUAUCCUUACUGACAACAGAGGAGAAGGAAGAAAAUGAAGGAGAAGCCAAUAAUUCUCCCGAAUUAGUAUACGGUGAUGGUGAUGAGGAAUUAAGUGGAGAAAAUAGUCAACAAAGUCCUUCAGAAUUGUAUAAAGCUGGGGAAGGAGAAGAGGGAAGAAGGGACCAUCAUCAUUCUUUAUUACCUUCCUCUUCACUUCUUUUACCUUCAGGAAUACCAAGAAGACCAAAAUCCCCACUUCCACCUCCAAUUGCUGCAACACCACCACAGACAGGAAAAGUGGAGAAUAUUGAAAAGGAUGAAGAAAAAAGGGAGGAAGUGGAGGAAGAAGUGGAAAUUGAAGAGAUUAAGCGAGAGGAAGAAGAAGAGGAAUCUAUGCUUUUAAGCGAUGUUAAAAUGCCUGUUGAUAAUUUACUCGUGUUUUCUACACAUAAAGAUGGUGAUGAGGAUGAAGUGAAUUAUUUCGGACCCACAAUUUCAGAAGAACGUGAUACUCUUGGUCCCGACUUGAUGAUUGUACAGUCGAAAAGUUUGGAGGAAGUAAAAUCACAUGGGAAGGAUAUAAUUGACGAUCCAUGGCUUUCCUCUUUUAUUAAAGAACAAAAAGAGAGAGAGGAUUGGGGACAGAAAAAAGAGGUGCAAAUUGAAGAGACAGAAGAAGGAGAAGAACCAUUAGAAGAACCUCAACAUCAAAUAGGAGGUUCUCUUGAUACCUCACCAUCAGAAAAAAGACGUAGACGAAGUUCUGCUGCUUCAGUUCAUGGUUCUACAAAUGGAAGUUUAUCUGAAUUUGAAAGAAUUGAACAAGAAAUAAUUGAAGGAGGAGGAAGUGCAAAGAAUUUAAAUUCAAGUCCACAACAUUCUCCUGAGGCUGGGGAAGGAAAAAGAAGAAAAUCGGCUGGAAAACAGCAACAUCAAUCACCAACUAGAGAGGGAGGUGUUAGUGCUGUUCAUAGAGGAUCUGCCGAUUCACUCAAUGAAUUUGAACAAUUGGAAAGAGAAAUACACGAAGCUGUUGCUUCUGAAGAUAUAAUGAUGUUAAGUGAUAUUAGAGAAGAUGAAGAAGGUGAAGAAGUAGAAGGUUAUGAAUUAAGUGGAGAGGAAAUUGAAGAAGAAGAGGAGGAGGAAAAUGAUCGAAGGGAUUAUUUAGGGAAGGAAUUAAAAAAAGAGAAUAAUAAUAAUGAAGUAAUGAUGAUUAGUUCUGGUUAUGAUUCUAGUGGACAAACACAACAAAUUGAAUUAAUUGCUCAACAACAAUCUCCUGAAUCUGAAAAAAUACUACAAAUAUCAUCAAUAGAAAAAUCGACAGAAAAUCUAAAAGAAACCCCGCCUCCCCCAAAACAAACACCAGAUGAAAAAGAAGAAAAACAAGAAGAGGAAGAAGAUAAACUAAUUACAAAUAUUUCUCCAAAACCAAAAAUAAUAUCAGAACAACAAAAACCAGAAUUUAAAGGAAAAACAGAAAAUUUAUUUAAACAACAAAAAGAAAUAAUUAAAAAACAAAAUAUUCCUUCAACCUCUGAAAAGAAAGAAGAUUUUGUUUUUGGCGGGGGAGGGGGAGGAGAAAUAAUAGUUCCGAGUGGGGGAAGUUUAGAUAAAGAAGAGGAAGAGGAAGAUGAUGAUAAUUCUGAAAAAACAAUUUUUGAAACUGUUAGUGUAAAUUCGGCUGAUGGAAGUGAAGAAAAGAUUGUUAGAACAGCAAUAACCAGAGUUCGUGACCCAAUUUAUAGCCGUGUCCGUUUUGCCGGCACCGAGGAUGAGCAACAAAUAAAAGCAAUUUUAGAAAGUGGGAGGACAGAUGAAUUUGAAUUGAGAGAUCCAGAAGGAAAUAUAACACGUUUAAGAACUGUUGUUGAAAGGGGGAGUACUAGUAGUAGUACUUGA